AUGCUUGCAAGAAACUUGAUCAGAUUAAGAAAUCUUCUGCUCGACUCCGUUGACAUGUCCGGUGUUGCGGUUUCUUCGUUUCUAAACUUGUCUUCUUCGUUACGACGUUUGAGUCUCGGAGAAUGCCAGUUGCACGGGGAGUUUCCGACUGAAAUUUUCCAGUUCCCGAACCUCAAACAUAUAGGUUUAGGUGACAAUGAAGAUCUUAGAGGUUAUCUCCCCAAGACAAACUGGAGUAGUGGCUUUGAGUUGUUGGAUCUUUCCCAUUGUGGUUUUAGAGGGUCAGUUCCAGCAUCAUUUGGGAACCUCACUCAACUCAUGUCCAUCGAUUUAUCUCGAAAUCAGCUUCGGGGACGGAUUCCGGAUAUUUUUCGAAACCAUGGCAAAUUAACUUAUUUGGGACUUUCUUCCUGCAACUUGAGUGGUCCAGUCCCGGAUUCUGUUUUUGGUACCCAUCGCCUUAAGGAACUUCGAUUGUCAUCAAAUAACUUGAGUGGUGUCAUCAGGUCCGGUAUGCUUUCGAAGCUCUCGAGUCUUGAAGUUCUUGAUCUUUCUAAUAAUAGUUUACUAUCAUCGAGUACAAGCGGCAUUGAUGCGAACCAUUCCUUCUCUCGGCUUGCAACCGUUUUGUUCUCUUCUAGUAGCGUAAGGCAUUUCCCGAGUUUCUUUCAAACAUCAAAGUUGGAGUAUUUAGAUCUUUCCAACAACAUGAUUUCCGGUGGAAUUUCCAAAUGGGAGGCUCAAGGGUGGGAAGAACUGUCUGUGUUGAACCUUUCUUAUAACUAUCUGACCACUUUGGAGCAAUUUCCGGGACAGAAAUUGGCAAUACUCGACCUUCGUUCCAACAUGCUUCAAGGCCCAAUUCUCUCGACUUGCUUGAAUCAUCGAACUCCAAAUCCACAGUUGUUCGACGAGUUCUUAAUCUCAGGGAACAAUUUGACAGGAAAUAUCCCUUCUUCCAUCUGCAAUUGGAGUGAACUCACGGUUCUCGACUUGUCCUGGAACAACUUGAGUGGGACUAUACCCGAAUGUCUCGGGAAUUUCAGCAACUCACUUGCGUUCGUCGAUUUGCAGAUGAACAACUUCAACGGAAAGAUCCCAGAUUCUUUCGUGAAUAUUCCUUGA